UGUUUACAUGGUGCUGCUGCUACAGCGGUUUCUUAAAAGGAUAAUGCAACUUUUUUUGGAAAUUUUAUUUCUAAAAAACAAUUAACCAAUGUGAAUCAUUACAGAUGGUUGCUAUCCUAAUGUUCUCGCAUAAAAUAAGUUUUUGUGUGUUUUUAAAUAGGUUGAAAAGUAUUCAUAAUAUAUAGUCUAUGUGCAUUAACAUCGCCAUAAGUAUUUAAACAUAAACACCGUAUAAUCAUGUCAUGGGAGAGCAUAUCUUCAAAGGAUCUUCUCAGUAUACCACACAGCCAUAAUUUAUCAGCAACACAUUUGCUUGCAUCGCCGGAUGGUUCACGCUACUUAUUGGAAAACUCUAAUGAUCUGAGUCAAUUAGAUGAAAGCUAUUCACGACUAGCUGGUUGUGGGUCCAGCCCCGAUGUCACAUCGCUUUGGGCGCGGCAUGGAAUAUCUGCCUCUCAUAAUUCAAUUAUAAAUUGUUUUUUAGUUUGUCAACGUAGUUUAAAACAGUAUAUGGCACGACGAAAAAUUGAACGAGGUUUGCGCCUUUAUGAACAACAUAAUCAAAAUGCUGCGGUACGCAUUUGGCGAAGCGCUUUAAAAACGACUGAUCGCCGUGAAGAUUGUUUUCAAUUACUUGGUUAUCUUUAUCAGGCCCAUAUGGAUUGGGGUAAAUAUCGUGAAGCGAUAGAAUUUGGACAUCGGCAAUUAGGAAUAUCUGAAGAGUUGGAUUCACCUACAAUGCGUGCGGAAACUUAUCUAAACUUGGCGAGAGCACACGAGCGCCUCGGAGGUCUGGAACGUGCUCUCAGCUAUGCACGCCAUUCACUGUAUAACGAAUGUGGGACCCAAUGUCGAACUGGAGGGCUUGUGCAUUUGACAGUGGCACGCGUUUAUUUGGAGAUGGGAGGAUUUUCGCGUGCACUUGAAGGGUUACAAGGGGCUCAUAAGAUAGCCACUUCUAUAAGUGAUCCAUCGCUUGAGUUGCAGGUAUAUGUGACGCUGUCUGAGCUGUUCGGUCGUCUGCAGGAUAAUGAUAAGAGCGCAACCUAUGCAUCUAAAGCUUAUGAUUUAUCGCGUUCAUUACAGCUAGGCGAUCUCAAUUCGUCACAUCAUCGCGCUGCAUUGUUGCGGAUGGCGGCUGCUCUCCGUAAACAAGGCGAUCUGGGUGACGCGCAUGACUAUUGUAUGGAAGCCACUCGCCUUGCGUUGAUUUCUGGGGAUCAAGCAACGUAUACGCGAAGCUUACGAAUAAUGGGUGAUAUAUAUCGCAAGAAAGUGGACAUGGAUCGCGCUUUUCGGCAAUACGAACAAGCUAUGGGAACUUCAGCUGCACUAGGCGAUCGCAUGGCACAAAUGGAAGCAAUGGAUGGGGCAGCGCGCUGUUUAGAAUCAUUGCGGAUACAGCAAAAAAUUUGUAAUUGCCGGCCACUAGAAUUUAAUACGCGUUUGCUAGAGGUCGCAAGCUCCAUUGGCUCCAAGCUUUUGGUGCGUAGAAUACGGAGUCGUCUUGCACUUAUCUAUCGUGCUUUAGGCGAUGAAGAACAGUACAGUACACAUUUGCGGCUGGCGGGUCAAACAGAUGCAGCGCUUGGGUUGUUUUGUGGUGCAUGCGGUGAUACUUUUGGCUUAGAGCCGAACUCAAUAGAAGCACUACCAUGUGCUCAUAUCUUACAUGCACGUUGCGCUCAUGAUCUUUUGCGACGGCGAGAAAAGGGUCCCUCUCGUGCUUGUCCAGCAUGUAAUAAAUUAUUGAGCUCACGACUUCAUCUUUGUGGUAAUGAAAGCAGUUGUGGUCCUGGUGGUGGUAGUGAACCCACCGACACCUUAAAUAUCAAUGACGCUGCUGCCGAUGCUUUACUGGCAAUCGAUACGGUCGACAUUAUGGCGCCACUUUGUACAGCGAACGGUAGAAUCAUACGUAAUUCCAAUGAAAAGACGAUCAUCUGUAACGGCUUGACCAGUGCUGGGCCAAAUGUUGACAGCACCUCUUUGCUAUUGACCACAACUUCGUCACCAAAACCUUUGUACCGAAGUAAUUUAUCUUUGGCAUCCCUAAGUUUGCGUGCUUCUAGUUUAACUAUAGAUAGCGCUCGAAAUGCCACGUCGUCGGUUUAGAAAUGAUUGCGAUAUUGUUAUGACCAAAAUAAUAUAGAAAUAAUGAAAUAUUAAAAAAGCAACAAACAGACGCAACAGAUUGUAAAAAUAGCUCAAGAUACCAUAACAUAAGUAUACGUGCUCAUAGGCACCUAAGUUGCAUAGAAGUCUUUUAAAAAUUUACAGUCAAUGUUAUUAAAAAAGGGAUCCAUAUUAAAAAAUUGAAGAUUCGUGCAAAAUGUAAUUCAAAACAAUGUUCCUACUAGUAGUCAUAGAAAAAAGAAUGAUGUAAUGAAAGAUUAAAGAAGAAAGUGAGAGAGUAAGAGUCCUUUUAUUUGUAUUUUAAACAAAGAAUAAAAAAUAGAAAGAUAGUACGAGUACGUAUAUCAUUCUUGAUCGUAUGAAUAAAUGGUGAGCAUUUCAUAUCACAAUCAGAGAUAAAGGGGUGCCCAACUUAUUCCAGAGUCAGACAUUUUCCAUUGUAGCCAUAUCGGAAAAAAUAACAAUUUUGGAGAGUUCUAACUAAAACACCCAAUAUUUAUUACGAUAAAAAUUAUUAUAUAUUCGUUUAGUUUACAGAGAAACAAUUUAUUAUGACUUUAUGGUACAUUAAAACAACUGACUUUUGAACUUUCAAUACAAGAUAAAGGGACUUGAGCUUAAUAUAUAUUUUCGGUAGAAUUUCAAUCUGGUCGUUCCAAUCGUUCUAAUUGCGAAACGUCUAAACCUACCCGAUCAGUCACCUGCCAAAGGCGAGUCUUUAUCGCUGGCACAAUUGUGCAAGGCCGUCGCCUAGGCAGCAUCUGUCAAAUAUUAAAAUACUUAAGUUCUUUUGAUUUUGCCGACGACAAUGGGCAGCUGUAGUCUAGUCUAAAGUUACUUUACCGGCAGAAUACAGAAACUGCUCUGAUAUAUCAUUUUUAUAACAAAUUAUUAUAAUUUAUAUAUCUUUUGCACACAAAAUUCCACUAUGAUCAAAAUAUUUAAAUGUCAUUCAAGUGAACGGUUUUAGUACAGCAACAACGAGGUUGUGUACAUCAGCUUUUUGAUAUGUCGCUGGCCUCUUCCAAAUGUUCAAGAGUCUGGCUUCAAGACGACAUUUGCAUACAAGAAAAUUUCGCUGUGGUGCAGUCAUCUUUUUGUUCAAAACAUUACGCCUUAUAGUUCAGUCGUUGUCGAGAUGAAAUUAGCAUCGCGCAUUGUGGUGCCGCUAAACCAAAUGUGCUCUGCACGAAGUUCUGUAUUAUUGUGAAUGAAUUUUUUGUAAUGAAAAACAUGCACGUAACAUAUAUAAAAUCAACUAAAAAGCAUAGAAUUGUUUGUUUUACUAAAUAAUAAAAAAUAUUCUUAUUGAACGGUUACAUAGGUCUCAGGGGGUGUCUUUACUUUCGUGCUUUCUCGCUCUCAACUCUAAGGCUGAUAUCACGGGCACCUCAAAUUGCUAGCUUGCAUUUUUUAAUAGAGUCUAUUGCCAUACGAUAAUCAGCUGUUUAAUGUAAAAGCAAGAAUAAUAAUCCUAUAAGUUAAAUAAAAACACAGAAGAAGUUAUUAUAUAAGUGAGUGUUCGCAUCUUUUUAGGUCCGCAUUAAAAACGCUGGAACUAGCAGAACUAAAGCAAGGAAUCCCGUAUGGAUGAAUAAAUAUUAUUGCAUAUUAAAAUUAUGGAAUUUCAAUUCUGGUGUCAUUGAGUUUAAAUUAACUGAUAUUCCCUUCUAUUUUCUGUUUUCAAAUAUUUCCUUUUCUUGAAAGUGGUCAAUGUAAUUCAUAUGUAUAAUUGUUUUCUUAUUAACUCUUUCUCUCUCCCUUUCUUUUGAAGUUAGUAUUUUGUGUGCUUCCUUUAAUGUCUGUCUUAGGCAAACUACUCAACUAUAGUUAGUAAAAUGUACAUUAAUUUUAACUCUAUGAAUAGUUUUAAUGAUUUAAGGCUAAAUAAAUAUUAAGUAAUGUUAAGCGACUAGUACCUUAAAAUAUUAAUAACAGAAUAUUAAAUAAGUUACCUAUUUAUCGAACUUAAGAAAAAACAGUUGACGAAGAAAUUGAAUGAAAAUAUUUACCUAAAGUAAUCCAAUCUAACCAAUUUAUGAGCUACAUAUCAUUGAUUUGCCUACAAAACUUUGUUUUAAUGAUUAUUAAUAUACAAUCCCCAACACAAAAAAAACGGAAUUAAAAAUGGUCAUUACGCCUCUUCCAACUAUGGAUUGGA